CAAGACUUCGCCAUGUAUAAGUUUCGUUUAAUAAAAAUAAAAAAAAAAGCUCAAGUUAAAACCAACUCGCUUUCGCUUUCCUUUCUCCGCCUCUUUCCUAUAUCAAGUGCGUAUAUAAACACAAGUCAGCUGUCGUCUGAACACACUGCUGGUGAAACACUCCAACUCAUCAUGUUGCUUUCUAAUCAGGUGGCUUUUGUGAGGAUUCUCCUUCAGCUGUGCAUCAGUAACGUGUACUCUCUGCUCUCGGUGUGGAGAAGAGUGUUUUCUGUGUGGAUCGGAGUAAACCGGGGGCAGGUGAACCCUCAGCACGAGCGCUCUGAGAGAGAUGAGACCCCGACCCCGAGCAGCGUCAACUACCACUUCACCCGCCAGUGCAAUUACAAAUGCGGAUUCUGCUUUCACACGGCAAAGACGUCUUUCGUCUUGCCUUUAGAGGAUGCGAAGACAGGACUGCGACUUCUGAAAGAAGCAGGAAUGGAGAAAAUCAACUUCUCAGGUGGAGAACCUUUUUUGCAUCAGAAGGGCGUCUUCCUGGGAGAACUGGUGCGAUACUGCAAACAGGAGCUUCAGUUGCCGAGCGUCAGUAUCGUCAGUAACGGAAGCAUGAUCAAGGACUCGUGGUUCAAGAAAUAUGGAGACUAUUUGGAUAUUUUGGCAAUAUCUUGUGACAGCUUUGAUGAUGAAACCAACCAAACAAUCGGUAGAGCCCAGGGCAAAAAAAGCCACAUAGACAACCUGUACAAAGUGAGAAACUGGUGCAAAGAGUAUAAAGUGGCUUUCAAAAUUAACUCAGUUAUCAACACCUUCAAUGUUCAUGAAGACAUGUCUGAGAACAUCGCUGACCUUAAUCCUGUGCGCUGGAAGGUGUUUCAGUGCCUCCUAAUUCAUGGGGAAAACACAGGCGAGGAUAGCCUUCGAGAAGCGGAGAAAUUUGUCAUUACUGAUCAGGAGUUCCAGGAUUUCCUGGACCGUCACCAAAGCAUUAAGUGUCUGGUUCCAGAGUCAAAUCAAAAGAUGAAGGACUCCUACUUGAUUUUGGAUGAAUAUAUGCGUUUCCUUGAUUGUCGAGCAGGGAGAAAAGACCCGUCUAAAUCCAUUCUGGAUGUGGGAGUAGAGGAAGCUAUAAAGUUCAGUGGGUUUGAUGAGAGGAUGUUUCUUAAAAGAGGGGGCAAAUAUGUAUGGAGCAAAGCAGAUAUGAAGCUUGAGUGGUGAUACCAGGCAGUGCUAAUCACAAGUGAUGGCUGUUGGCCUAAGAUGUAUUAAUGUUUCUAAGGAAAAAAAAAAACAACACAUAAAAAAUGUCAUUUUAACUAAUUUAAUUUAGUUUUAAAUUUGUGUCUUGAAGCUAUUAAGAUUUUUUUUUUGUUAUCAAACGGAUUUUAAUUUCUUUAUUGUUUUUAUAUUAAAAUUAAUGUUUUUGCACUUUGUAUAUUGUAUUACCUUGAAAGUUACUUUUAUCGAUUUAUAAUAGAAUUAUUGUUAUCAUUUUUGUUAUUAGUCAUUGUAGAAAUAUGAUCUCUGCAGCAUUCAUUUAAAAUUGAUUUUGCACUAUUUUAUUC